AUGGAGCAGAUACAUGGAAUCGACGUCAGUUGGAUGACCCACAAUGGGGGGCCAAAAGUCUCCUCCUCUCUUCUAGAUCACUCCUCUCCGCGGGGCUCGCCCACGCCCAGCAGCCCAGCGCCGACUCCUUCUGAAAAUGGCGCCGCUGGACCCGACACGCCCAAAUCGAAUGGCACAGUGGCGCAACCUCCCAAGCCCAUCCCGAUACCGCCCAAGCCAGGCUUUACGCGCGGCGGCUCGGAUCGCACAGAAAAGAAUGGCACCUCCACCUCGCCUGGCAGCAGCCCCUCGCUCUCGCGCAAGCCUUCGUGGUUCACCAGUCUGUCCUCCAAGUUCUCCGGGUCUGCUGGCGCCACCGCCAUACCCCAGAGCCCACCGCCCGCGACGACCACCAACCUGCCCACCAAGGACGCCGAGCUGUCUGUGCCCAAGAUCACACCCGCCAAGAAUGCCGUGCUCCAGCACGCUGCGAAACACCAGGGCGAGGGCCCCUACACGCCUGCGCCGCCACGUAGCGGCCAGUCUGGCGGCGGCAUACUGCACGUGUUCCGGCGCCUGUCCUCGAGCAGCUCUGGCCAGCUGGGUCCCGCCGUCAGGGCCGCCAACAACCACGGCCUGGUCGAGCGCAAAAUAUUGAACGUGGACCACCACCGGGAGCGGUGUCCUCUGGAGGACCUGCACCAAGCCAAGCUGCGCCGGGUUGCCUUCUGCGUAGAUGUCGAGAUUGCGCCGAUGCCCAGGUACGCAGAAGGGAAGGGUCUGUUGUCCAAAACCUUUUGUGGGGAUGACAAGACCGAAAAGCGCAAGCUUGUGGAAAAGGGCGAGGGCGAGGCCUUGAAGCACCCCAAGGCUAACGGCUCCAACACGAAAAAGAAGGAGAAGAAGAAGAGAAGUGAGGAGGAGAGAAAGGCGAGGAAAGAGAAGAAGCGCAAGCUGGCAGAGGCCAACGGCCAGGUGCCCCUCGAGCUCUACCUCGACACCGAUACAUCAGAUCCCUCAGCUCCUACAACGCCAAGGCCACAGGCCACGCCGACCACGAAUCCCGUCCGUAUCUACAGGAGAUGUUGCCAGCUCCGCGAGACACCUAUAUUAAAAAAGAUCACCGAGCAGCUCCUCAACCCUGCCAAUACGACCUCUGCUGGUGUUGUGGAGAAGCUGGACCUCACAGGCUAUUGGAUGCAGCUGGCAGAUCUCAUUACCCUUGGCGACUUCUUGGCCGUCGUGCCUGCGAAGGAGGUGGUGUUGGAAAACUGCGGUCUCACAGACGAAGGGCUCCGCGUUGUGCUCGCCGGCCUGCUCGCCGCCAAGAAGACCAGUUUUCCUCGGAAAAGGCCGCAGAGCAUACCCGACGGGCUGGUCGAGCAGGGCGGUGCCAUCGAGCGGCUCGUGCUGAAGAACAACAAGAUAGGAUCUGAAGGCUGGAAGCACUUGUGCUUGUUCGUCUACAUGUGCAGGUCACUCGUGAGCCUCGACUUGGCCGAGGUGCCUUUCCCGAAAUCGCCGCAGCCGCCGUCAUCCCUCAACGGCCAUAGCCAGCACUUCUCCCUUCACCAUGACGACAAGAAGGGGCCGCUCGAUAUGUGUGCCCUCCUGGCGAGGUCGAUCGGCGAGAGGCUGGGAGGAAACACGCUAGAGUUGUUAAACCUGAGCAAUACGGGCUUGUCCCACGACCAGCUCGGGCGCAUCAUCGACGGCAUCCUGCAGUGCGGCGUGCGCAGGGUCGCCCUUGCACACCUCGAUCUCAAUCCUGACGGCCUAGAGCAUGUUGGGCGCUACAUAGCGAGCGGGAAGUGCGAGGGCCUCGACCUGGGCGGCAAUGACCUGCGCGACUACUGCGAGAGCCUCGGCAGCAUGAUCGAAGGAAACAACACGCUGUGGGCGCUGAGCCUGGCCGAGUGCAACCUCAAGCCGGCCUCCCUGUGCAAGCUGUUACCUCAUCUGUGCAAGCUGUCGAAUUUCCGCUUCCUUGACCUGUCGCACAACCAGGAGCUCUUCAGCUCGGAGCCGAGCGCAGUGGGCGUGCUGAGAAGAUAUCUCCCCAAGAUGAAGACGCUCAAGAGGUUACAUCUCGGCGACUGCGCCCUAAAGGGGGAGCAGGUCAUAGCGCUUGCAGAGGUCAUCCCUGAGAUGGCGAGCAUGGCUCACCUCAGCUUCUUGCAGAACCCGGAACUCACCAAGUUGGCGGACGCCAACACCGAGGAGACACAAGAGGAGGCAUCUGCACUCUACGCCUCGCUUCUGGCUGCUGCCAGGUUGUCGCCCAACCUUGUCUGCGUCGACAUCGACGUGCCUACAGAAGCCUCGGGCGAGAUUGUCAAGGCCCUGGCCAAGCAGAUCGUCGCCUACUGCCUGCGGAACAUGGAGCUCGUGCCCCUUGCCAACGGCGGACCGUCGAUCGGCGAAGGCCUCAGCCCAGCCGGUCGGGAGCCCGAGUACCCAGAUGUGCUCCAGCACCUGGUCGGCCACGAUAUCAUGAUGCCCGACGACUCCGAAGACGAAGACAUGGCGCCUGAUGAUGACUACAUUGUCGGCGGCACAGGCGUGGCCAAGGCGCUGGCGUGCUGCCUCAACAAUCGCGGCGACGAGUCUCGGAGGCAGUCUGGCGAAUUCAUCCGUGACGUGGAGGAGGGCGUCACCGUGUCCAAGUCUGGUCUGCCGGCGGGCAAGGCAAAGGACGUCUCCAAGCACCUGCUCCUCAGCGCUCGCAAGAUCCGUCACCGGCUCGACCCUGCUCUUGUGCGGGCCAAGGCAAUGUUAGACAAGAGCACCGAAGAGCGGACCACGUAUUACCGUCUCAUGUUUCUUCAGCGGACCCUGGACGGCAUCAUCCAGCGCUUUGAGGACGAGUUCCCCGAGACCAAAGAGACGGCCGACAGCGCCAUCUCGGUAUCGCUUCUGCCCGACGUGCACCAGCUCGAGAAGACGGCCACACGCACGUCCAUGUCCUCGGCCGAAGGCGAGCGCGAGCCCUCUGCGGGCGCGUCCGACGGCGAGGAGGAGCUCGAGAUGGUCCAGACCGGGCCGGGCUCCCUCUCCCGACAGUCGUCCAACCUCUCGCUCUCGAGUAUGGCGCUGGACCGCGAGGAAGGCCAUGCGCUCCGGGCGGGUCACAAGUUCCGGUCCGGCUGGAUGCUCACCUCGGAGCAGUAUCACCUGCUCGCGUCGACAGGGCUGCAGCAGGUGGAGCAGUCACCCACGCUGUUCCGCACACUCAACGAGAUGCUGGACGAGCUCGGCAACGAGGAGCUGCUGAAGCUGCGCGACGAGAAAGGGCCGGUUUGGGUGUUCAAGGAGCACCGGCAGAGCAUCAUCGACGGAUUCAAAAGGGCAGACCCGGACUACUGGGCGCGGUUUGUCGAGAGUCAGGAGAAGGCGAAGGCCAACGUGCAGGUCUCGCAGCCGGCGAAAGAUGCGCAGUCCUGUGGAAGCGGCGAGGGCGAUGGUGAGAGUGCAGUUGUAGAGGAUGACGACGUGGUGACGGCGGCAGCGGCGACGGCGGGCGACUCUCCUGUUACGAAGUAGGGGGCGCUUGCACUUCGUCAGAGUACGCCAUCAAUACAGGCAUAGUAUGAGGACGAGGAGGGAGAGAAGAAGACCAAUAAGAAGAGAAGAAGAGGCAGAAGGGGAAAGAACACUGUGGUAGUGUAUCUCUUCUGUUGCUGAGCAUUUCCGAACCCAUCAUCAUCCUGUUCCUGGAUUUCUUCAUUCUUCUCUUCCCCCUUGCGAGCGGCUUUGCAUCGAGAGGACACAAAAACCGUGUGUGAUGGGUGGUCCUGUUUGCUUUCUUUUUCUGUUUCUUUACUUUAUUAUUCUUCUACUUCUUCUUUGGAUCGCUAUUAUCACAUGAGUACUAUCAUUAUGGCUCCGUCUGCUUAUACUGCGUGUUUUCUCGCAUGGCAUCAUGGAGCCACAGGGCGUUUUCUGAACUGGAAAGGCGAUGGAUGGAUGGCUGGAUCGGACUGGAAACUUGAUAUGACCCCAUCCUGAUCAUUUAGGAGGUGUUUUCUUUGCUCUUUCUUUCUUCUCCUUCUGACUUUUAAGACAUCCUUGCUUAGGCCCCGAGGCAUGCAUAUACAUGUUUGUGAAUAUACCAACGUUUACAUAUUCCC